AUGGCGUCCUCGCGCCGCGCCCUGCCCGUGGCGACCCUGGCCCUCCGGGUCCUCGCACUGCUCCUCCUCGCGGCCUCCAUCAUCAUCAUCGCCACCGCUGAACUCCAGGACAGCAUCUUCGAGCCUCAAGGCAUCAUCACGUUCAAAGAUUUAUACGCAUACCAGUACGUCCUGGCCGUGGGUGUCAUCGGGUGCGCCUACAACCUGGUGGCGGCUUUGUUCGUGGCGAUCAACGUCGCCGGGAGGAGGAAGAUGGUCGGCGGCGGCGAGGCCGGCACCGUGCUCCUCAUCUGCGCCGACGUCGUAAGUAUCAUCAACUCCAAGAAGUCCCAUGUGUGCGCCGUGCUGGUCGCCACGGGAGGGGCGGUGGGCUUGGGUCUGACGGUCGAGGUCCAGCGGCGGCUCCGUGUUAUCUUGGAUUCCGUCUCCAAGACAUUCUUCAUCAGGGUUGACAUCUCCUGCGGCGCGCUGUUGCUCGCAUCCCUAUGCAUCGUGUUCAUCGUCAUGCUCUCCUCUUUCUCACUCACCAAGUAG